AUGGGAAACUGUUUUUCAAUCUCGGAUGCAUCAGAGAAGAUUCUCAAAGCACUUCCCGUUGAAACUGCCUUCAAGUUUCCAUCACCAUUGCCUACGUUUGCUCAAGGUGGCGAGUUUGCGAAAGGAACCAUUGACUUGGGAGGUCUUGAGGUUAGCCAAGUUCCGACAUUCAACAAGGUUUGGUCUACUUACGAAGGAGGACCAGACAAUCUUGGAGCUACCUUCUUUGAACCAUCCUUGGUCCCUUCCGGUUUCCACAUUCUCGGUUACUACGUUCAACCAAACAACCGUCAACUAUUCGGUUGGGUACUCGCAGCUAGAGAUCUCUCAAACAACAACACCUUGCAACCUCCUGUAGAUUACACCCUUGUCGGAAACACCGAGUCACUCAACAUCAAACAAGACGGACCUGGCUAUUUCUGGCAGCCUGUGGCUCCUGAGGGUUACCAAGCCGUUGGUCUAAUAGUCACAAACUCCUCACAAAAACCUCCUCUAGACAAAGUACGCUGUGUUCGGUCCGACUUAACCGAACAAUGUGAAGCUGAUACAUUGAUAUGGGAAUCAAACGGAAUCAAGGUCUCGAGCCUUGGGCCAACUAUUAGAGGAACACAAGCUACAGGGGUCUGUGUAGGUACAUUCACUUGGCAACCUGAAAACACAUCACCUCCAUCUUUAUCUUGCUUGAAGAACACGAAACUAAACUUCUCUACAAUGCCUAAUGGGUCCCAAACCGGAGUCUUGUUCAACACGUAUUCUCCAUUGAUCUACUUCCACCCGGACGAAGAAUACCUACCUUCCUCUGUUAACUGGUACUUCAGCAACGGUGCCUUGCUCUACAAGCAAGGCGAAGAAUCAAACCCUAACCCUAUAGAACCUAACGGUACGAACCUUCCACAAGGCGGAGCUAACGACGGUUCGUACUGGCUAGACCUUCCUAAAGACAAAAAGGGUAAAGAGAGAGUAAAGAAAGGAGACUUGCAGAGCACGCAAACGUAUCUCAACAUCAAACCAAUGCUAGGAGCAACGUUCACAGAUAUAGCCAUGUGGGUAUUCUACCCUUUCAAUGGCCCAGCACGAGCCAAGGUCAAACUCAUAACCUUGCCGUUGGGGAGAAUCGGUGAACACAUCGGAGACUGGGAACACGUGACGUUACGUAUAAGCAACUUCACCGGAGAGCUAUGGAGAGUGUACUUAUCACAGCACAGUGGAGGAGAAUGGAUCGAAGCUUGCGAUUUGGAGUUCCAAGAAGGUGGAGUAAGCAACAAGCCUGUUGCUUACGCGUCGCUUCAUGGACACGCAAUGUAUCCGAAGCCUGGACUUGUGUUGCAAGGAAACGAUGGGGUUGGGAUACGGAAUGAUACGGCGAAGAGUAAGAAGGUGUUUGAUACAGGGGAAGGGUACGAGGUGAUUGCGGCGGUGUAUGAAAACGGGGAAAGAGUGGUGGAGCCGCCGUGGGUGAAUUAUUUUAGGAAGUGGGGACCUAAAAUUGAUUAUAGCGUUGAAGAUGAUGUGAAGAGGAUAGAGAGGUUUUUGUUUGGGGCUUUGAAAACGGCUUUUGUUAACUUGGUGAAAAAGAUACCUAAUGAAGUGUAUGGUGAAGAUGGGCCAACUGGACCUAAACUCAAGGGAAGCUGGUCUGGUGAUGAAAAAUGAUGUAUUUGAAUUUUACUUUUUCUUAAGUAUUUGGUUUGAUUCUUUGUUACCUAUCACAUCUACUCUAUUAAAAUAGAGUCAUUCUUUUUAUCUACUGAUACAAGUUGUCUUUUAAAUUUGAACUCUUUCUAAAGUGUUACAAAUAAUACAAGAUAUAUAAUUGAUUGAACCGCAUUACUUAAAUUAAACCG